GCACUGGCAUGCAUGGCGGCUGAAACAACAAUUAAAAAUGGACCACGGAUGAAUGUCUUCCUUAAUGAAUUUAAUUCUCUGGAACCUGUGGAUUUCGUAUCUGAGUUGCACAGGCUGGCAAAAGUCAGUCGUAUAUUUGUCCUUUUAACCCAUGGAAAUCAAACUCGAUCUUUGUUGGUCGCUGCGCACCGGAUUGGAUUUACCAAAGGAGAAUUCGUUUAUAUUUCUUUAAAUCCAAUGGAGCAUCCUUUACAUGGAUUUUAUCGCUGGCAGUUUCAUGAUGCAGAUGAUGAGGAUGCUAGAAACGCGUUCAAAUCGCUAUUUUACAUCAGCAGCAAGCCCAUGAGAGGACCGGACUAUGCGGCAUUUGAAAUGGAAAUUAAAUAUAAUGCUUAUAAACACUACAAUUACACUUACGAACCAGAAGAACGAGUUUCAUCGUUUACUGCACUCCAGCAUACACUUAUUCGCCUUCUGAUAGAGAUAGUGAAUGAGACAUUGGCAGACGGUUUGGCCGAUUUUGAAUCGGCGAAAAAGGUCAUGCAUAGAGCGUUCCUCCCACGCAAUGUGUCGUCAGUGGCAGGGGACUUCCAGUUUGACAAAGGAGACAGAACGGAAUACUCGUACGUUAUACUUUCGAUGGAGCCGAAUUCGUCCACAUUUCGGGUAGUAUUCACGUACGACACAACUAAUGGAACUCUGGUUCCGGUAAACGGAACAGCCAUUUCGUGGGCAUAUCGUGACAGCCCUCCUCAGAAUGUGCCUCCAUGUGGUUUCGAUGGUUUAGAUGGCGAUUGUGAAAUAAAUAAUGACGCCGCACUGAGAGGCAGGAUUGGAAUAUAUUUAGGGAUUCCGCUUACAAUCAUUAUUAUAGCGGCAGCCGCGUAUAUAUAUUUUCGGCGCAAUCGACACAAAUACGAAGACGAAGAUUCCCGGUGGUACAUACCGCUAAGCGAUUUGGAAUUUAAUAAGGAUGAACCUGUCGACAACCCUGCUGUCUCUGCGAGCAUUAAAAUCCCGGUGGUGCAGAUUAAUACCACAGUGAGUGGACUGCAUCUCCAAGCGCUGGGCAAAACUGAGAAGAAGCCAAAGAAACCGGACGCACAUUUGGUCCGCUAUAAAGAUCGAACAAUCUGGGAUAGAAAGGUUGUUCUCUCACACCGAUUUUCUCCCUCACGACAGCAAGAAGACUGUAUCAAAAAGAUGAAAAUGCUUCGCAGUUUGAAUGUCGCACAUUUUUACGGUUUUUCACCGGAAGCGCCACCAAACUUACUAAUGCACGUGCUGUACGAACAUGGCUCACGAGGAAAUUUGGCUAGCCUAAUGCACAACUCCACCGUACGUGUUGACGAUGCUUUACGACAGUCCGUGACGACAGAUUUGACCAAUGGAUUGCAGUAUCUGCAUGACUCUCCGGUCGACCAUCAUUCCUCCAUAAAUACCUACUGCCUCAUAAUUGAUAGUCGGUUUGUUUUGAAAAUUGCUUAUUACCGCUUGGAUAUUCUGCCGCAGCUUAUACCGGAUAUGAAUAACGAAGAAGUGGUGCAAUCCCGAUUCCUUAGUUAUGCGCCAGAACGGCUGAGAGGUCCCAUAUCACAUAUCUAUCAGGGAUCAAAGCAGAGCGAUUUGUAUUCAUACGCAUACGUACUGCUGGAGAUAUUUUGCGGGAUAUCGCCAUUCCAAAAAGAAUUAGCACUUGGGAUACUUUCUCCAAAAGAUAUUUUAACGAGACUUACGCGUGCAACAACCACGGCAUUUCGUCCGGAAAUUCCCGACACAUGCUCGGCUCCACUGACAAUGCUGAUUGAACGGUGCUGGGAAGACAGGCCUGAGUCGCGUCCCACCAUCAAAGCCGUACAACAGUUCCUGAAGACGGUGCCCGGUUUUGAGCGGAACAAGAAUUUCGUCGACAGCCUCAUGCAUCGAAUGGAAGUGUAUGCUCGGGAGCUGGAAGAUCGCAUUGGAGCAGCAACGGCGAACAUGAUGGAAGAGAAACGAAAAUCGGAAGAGCUGCUAUUUCAAAUUCUACCCCAACAUCUUGCACUGGCUAUGACACAGGGAAGAGACAUCAAACCGGAGACAUUUGAUAGUGUGACAAUUGCUUUCACGGCCAUUGCUGACUUCGGAGAAAUCGCCACCGGGAGUUCGCCAUUCCAGAUUGUCAAGUUACUGAACGAUUUGUAUUCGAUGUUCGAUAACACACUGGAUCGUUAUGAUGUUUACAAAGUGGAGACAAUUGCAGAUUCCUACAUGAUAGCCAGUGGAGUUCCCAAUCGCAAUGGUCAAGAACAUGCUCGACAAAUAGCCAGAAUAGCGUUGGACUUAAUUAAGCAAGCAAAAAGCUUCCUUAUCGCCCACCAUCCAGGACGUACGCUACAGUUGAAAAUUGGAUGUCAUACCGGCGGAUGUGCAGCAGCCAUAGUUGGAACGCGGAUGCCACGUUACUGCUUAUUUGGAGACACGGUCAACACUGCAAGUAGAAUGACUUCCUUUGGCAAAGCGCUGAAAAUUCAAAUUAGCAGUGCUGCAAGGGAAUAUUUGGAGCGUUACUUUAAUUUCAAAUCGGAAUACAGAGGUCAGCUGGAAGUCAAGGGGAAGGGCAUGCAGAACACUUACUGGUUGAUUUCGGAGCUGCAUAAAGAAUAGCUGUGAAUUACUUACGCAUAACAUAAUUAUCAUAACACUACGCAACAUGGACGAUUUGUAACGUAAAUUUCGUAAUUUCGUG